AUGGCAGCCUACUGCAACGAAGUCCGUAAGCUCGAGGACAAGUUCGACGGGUUAGAGCUCAACCACGUCGCAAGGCGCUUCAACGAAGCCGCUGACGAGCUGGCGAAGGCGGCGUCCGGCCGAAUGCCCGUCCCCGACGGCGUUUUCGUUAGCGACCAGUUGAAGCCUUCAAUCCGUUAUUCGGAACCAGCAGGGGUCGGUGAAGCACCCUCGGCCCCGGGAGCCGAUCCAUCCGACCCCGUGGUCAUGGAAAUCACGGCAGACCCCGUGGUGGGGGCCGACCCCCCGAUCAACUGGAGAGCCCCGUACCUCGACUACCUUGUCCACGACACGCUCCCGGCAGACAAAACAGAGGCCCGCAGGAUCGCGCGCCGCGCCAAAUCCUUCACCAUCAUCGACCAGGAGCUCUACAAGAAAAGUCACACUAGGAUCCUCCAACGCUGCAUCCCGAUCAAGCAGGGAAAGGCACUGAUCCAGGAUAUCCACGCCGGGGCUUGUGGUCACCACGCCGGGCCAAGGACCCUCGUGGGCAACGCCUUCCGACAAGGUUUUUACUGGCCAACCGCGGUCGCGGAUGCUACCCAGGUAGUCCGCAUCUGUGAAGGAUGCCAGUUCUUUGCCCGCCAAACUCACCUGCCCGCGCAGGCGUUGCAAACCAUCCCCAUCACGUGGCCGUUCACGGUUUGGGGGCUGGAUCUCUUCACCGGGAAGAGAUUCCUCCAAUUCUGCGACGACCACCACAUCCGAGUGGAUUGGGCGGCAGUGGCGCACCCCCGCACGAACGGGCAAGUCGAGCGAGCCAACGGCAUGAUACUCCAGGGUCUCAAGCCACGGAUCUUCGACCGCCUUAAAAAGUUUGGCGGACGGUGGGUUGCGGAGCUUCCCGCAGUCCUCUGGAGCUUGAGGACGACCCCCAGCUGGGCGAUGGGGUUCACCCCGUUCUUCAUGACCUUUGGGCGCAAAAAAGAAAAGGAUGCGUGA